AUGGCGUCUGUUACCUCAACAUCCACUCCGUCCCUCAGGGUGAACGGCAGUGCUGCGAAGGGAGCAAAACAGCCACAGCCACAGGCUGCAAGAGUAGAACCACCUGAGGGUUCUGCCUCUUAUGACCAUUUCUUCUGGACAUAUACUGAAGAGCCUCAUCGAUCAAGGCGUCUAGCGAUUAUCAAAGCUCACCCAGAGGUGACCAAAUUAUGUGGCCCAGAGCCUCUGACCAAAUACGUCGUUCUCGCCGUCGUUUUCCUUCAAAUUUCCUGCGCCUACCUACUUCGUGAUACGCCUAUGUUUUCGUGGAAAUUUCUCCUCACCGCAUAUGUGAUCGGAGCUACCGCCAACCAAAACCUCUUUCUCGCCAUUCAUGAAAUCUCUCAUAAUCUAGCCUUCCGCUCUGCUUUCGCAAAUCGCCUGCUUGCUAUAUUUGCCAAUCUUCCUAUUGGCAUACCCUACAGUGCUUCCUUCCGGCCGUAUCAUCUUACCCAUCACAAGUCGCUAGGUGUCGCGGGCCUGGACACCGACUUACCAACGGCCUUCGAGGCAUUCCUUCUAGACUCUUUGCUGGGCAAAGCGUUCUUUUGCACCUUUCAGAUUUUCUUCUACGCUCUUCGGCCUAUGUUUGUAUACAGCCCGCCGUUCACUUCGAUUCACCUACUCAAUGUGAUCAUACAACUUGCCUUUGACUACGCCCUCACUCAAUUCUGUGGCGGAUCCUUACAACCUUUUUACUACCUCGUAUGGAGCUCUUUUCUUGCGGGCUCCUUGCACCCCUGCGCAGGCCAUUUCAUUGCCGAGCAUUACUUCUUUUCAGAAAUUAAAACCGGUGGCACCGAGUCCUUGUCUGAAGUGAAGAAGACGGCCAAGUCUACAAGCACCACCAAAAUAGAACCGAGUCCCCUUGACUCCCUGCGCCCUCCAGAGACAUAUUCCUACUACGGACCGCUCAAUAUAUUAACAUACAACGUUGGCUUACAUAACGAGCAUCACGACUUUCCCGCCAUCCCGUGGACACGCUUGCCCGAAGUCCACCGCAUCGCGAGUGAAUUCUACGAGCCUCUUCCGUGCCACCGAAGCUGGGUAUGGGUUAUCUGGACUUUCGUUCUAGACAAGAACGUCGGACUGUGGUGUCGAGUCAAGAGAGCCGAAGGCGGCAGGAUUGUCGGCGGGCUCUCUAAAAGGGCUGGACGGGGCGGCGAAGGCAUUUCAGCUACUUCCGGAAAAGAGGAUGAUGAGGAGGGGGAUGAUGGGUGGAAGGAAAGUGAGAUUCAAAAUUAG